AAAGGAUAAAUUAAACAAAAAGAGUUCCAAUGGUUGAGAGUCGUUAAUCGUUACUUCUCUGUUUCAGAUUUCGGGAGCGUAAGAAAUGUUACGCGCUAUGACGAUCGAUAGCUUAUCCCUGAGAAAAUUGGUAUCCGGAAUCGAGACUCAGAGACCCUGCAAUCUGGAGUCGUCUUCUACACCCAGCCGCUUUCAGUUGAAAUCGAUAUCGAUAUCGAAAUCGAAAUUUCCUUCGGUUCCACAGACCAAAUCUACGAAGCUUCGCAUUGAAUUUCAUUCGAAGCCACACCAUAGCCUCAAUAAGCUCCCGUUUAUGCGAGUUCGCUGCUCCGUCUCCGCCCUCUUUCACUGGGACUCAUGGAGUUCUAUGUUGUCGAAUUGCUUAGACAUUUCUUGGAGAUGGGCUACUCAAAUCACCUCCUAUUACUUGUUCUUUCUUAGCUUAGUUGCACAAGCCCACGAUUAUCCAUCUCCUUCUGUUAGAUAUCCUUGUGAAGAUGUUAACGAGUAUUAUGCUAAUGUAGCACAGUUAACAGGUGAACCUCUUAAACGUAAGCUAAAUUCAAUCAUUGCUGCACAUCAUUCCCUGUCCUAUAAAGAGGUCUGGGAUGCCAUCAAGAUUCUUGAUGCUGCUGAUGUGGACAAACCAGAAGCCUCAUCAGAAAUCUUUUACCACAGAGUGGAGAUUUACUCGCAAAGGAUUGUGUCAAAGUCGCUAGCAGGGAAGCCUGAGGGUUGGAACAGGGAGCAUUUGUGGCCUCGCUCUUAUGGGCUCAGAAGAGGUCCAUCCCUGACCGAUUUGCAGAAUAUCCAUCCAGCAGAUGCAAAUGUGAAUUCCUCCCGGGGGAACAAAUAUUUUGGAGAAUGCCAAGUUAACUCCCCAGAAUGUAUGAAGCCAGCCUACAAGGAAGCUGCUUAUGAUACCGAAACAGACAAGGAAAAAUGGGCACCACCUAAGCGCGUUAGAGGAGAUAUAGCACGGGCAGUAAUGUAUAUGGCAGUCUGUUAUGGGUUCCACCUUUCUGAUUCUCCAGACAAGGGAAAUAAGGAGAUGGGCUUAAUUUCCACAUUGUUAAAGUGGAAUAAGAGUGAUCCGCCGUCAAGAGAAGAGAAGUUGAGAAAUGAAAGAAUAUGCAAGUUUUAUCAGCACAAUAGAAAUCCGUUUGUUGAUCAUUCAGAAUACGCUGAUCUAAUUUGGAAGUAAAUUUCUCCAACUUGUGAAAGCUCAAAGUUUCUUAAGGGGAACAAUGACCAAUGUCAGUCACAACCACAAGGUAAGAGUUUCUUAGAAGGAGAUAUUCUUUUGUCCUAAGCGAUCUUCAUUUUUCUCAAUCUUGGAAGAGGAAACCAUGAAGGUAGCAAUGCAUAAUAUGAGAUUUUGGCUUGUAUUUAUUCAUGAUGAAACAUGUACAAGAUAAUGUUUCAUGGAAGUUAUAGUUCUUAAUGAA